AUGCGACUAGUCCCGUUGCUGGUAACCCACGGUCUGGUGCUGUUCUGGAUGCUGUUGUUACCGUGUCAGUCGGUUACCUUCGAGGACGAGGCUUCCAGCGACCAAUCAGAGAGUCGCGACAACAAUGUACCAGAACCGCAACAACAGGUGCCGUAUAAUGGAACCAGACAGGGUAAGGGAAUUUUCGAUUGGAUCGGCCUCGGAACGGGACGAAAUGUCGAUCCCUAUAUAGCGAGGACGAACAAAGGCUGCCUGAACGGCGAUCUAGCUGAUUGCUUCAAGUCCCAGGCGUUGAGUUACUUCUCAGACUUCUUCGAUCACUCGCACUACGACCUGAACGAUCACGUGAAGGUCGUCAGGAUGUCCAGGGACGUGGUCCAGGAUGUCAGUCGUCAGCCGUACGAAUAUUCGAGCGAAGCGAGAUCCAGCGAUUCAGAAUGGGACCAUCUGAUGAAGUUCGCUCUACGAAAAGUAGAGAAAUUCGUGAAAACAGCGGUCAUCGAGCUGCACAUUCCAUCCACAGAAACCGGUGAAAACGAUGUGUACGCGCCACGGUUCUUGGACGAAAUCGCGGACGAAAUCGACACUCUCGAGAACAAGAAGGACACGUUGUUCUCCCGACAUCAGCUGAAGAAGCUUUUGAUACCAAUGCUGAUCGUGCUGAAACUGUUCAAGCUGAAACUACUGUUGUUCCUGCCGUUGAUCUUGGGUCUGGCGUCCUUCAAGAAGUUCCUCGGCUUCCUUGCGAUCGUGAUACCUGGUCUGAUCGGCUUCUUCAAGCUGUACAAGCCCCUCAGUCAGAAUUAUCAACCGCCAGUGUACAGUCAGAGCGGUGUCGGUUAUCCUUAUUACAAAGACAACUCCAAUAGCUAUCCUUAUGGCGAUCAGAACGGCCAUCAUGGGCCUGAGUAUCAAGACUACCACAACAGGGACACUGUGUCUUUUGGCCAGGACCUUGCUUAUCGAGGCUAUCGAGAGUAUCAGUCGUGA